UUCACUCUCUACAUCCCAAGUCAGUCCCAAGUCCACUUCGUCAGAGUGCAGCGACCAGCGAUCCAACCCGUACGACUACCUUCUCCGCAGAAUAUACUUUCUCAGUGGAUCCUGACAUAUUGGGAUCGGUAACAUGCCUCUCAAUUACUCCAAGUGGGAUGCGCUCGAGAUCUCCGACGAUUCAGACAUCGAGGGACACCCGAAUGUCGACCACAAGUCUCUGGUAAGAUGGAAGCAGCGCGACAUCCAUGAAAAGCGCGAGCAGCGUCGGCACCGUAUGGUACAGCUGCAAGCAGACAUAGCGUGCAACGACAUCCUCGAAGCACGAUUGCGCACCAUCGCAGACGAGGUCGCCGCGCAAGGGCCCCCACGAUUCUCCGCCUUCACCGAGCAGUUCAAGACUAGCCCAUCGCCCGACAAGCCACCCACCGACGCGCCCGGUCAGAAGACGUACGACGAAAUGCUCCUCGCCCUGAUGCUCCAAGUAUGGGACGAGGUCAAGAAGUCCGGCGUAGAACCUGACGACCCGAAGCUCGGUGAUGCGCUCGAGGCUGGACUGAGGAAGCACAUCAAGCAGCUAGGCGGGCACCAAGAGAAACUCAAGACGGAGUUAAAGCAGCUUGAGGAGGAUUCGCAGAAGAAGAUCACGAGCGACGACAUACAUGAGGGAUGGGAGUCGCAUUACGUUCCUCCGAAACCCGCUCCGCCACCAAUCAAGGGUGCGAAGGUAGACCCUCCAAAGAAGAAAUCCACGUCUACGACCGAGUUCGAGGUCAUCAACCCGAAGGGCGUCGAGGUCGCCGACGAAGCCACUCCCUCUGCACCAUCAUCACUUAGCACGGAUGAGGACGAGCUACCCGAGCUGACGCCGACAUUGGAGGGAUUUUCUCGCCUUCCGUUGCGCGGGUACGAGCAGUCUUGGGAGUUCAUCAAGAGCCACCGGGAUGUCAUGGUCCCCGGUGCCUCGGACGCCUUGCUUGUAGCGGCGUUCACGGCUGAGAGUAACGGGCAGUACCGCUACGCACAGCAAUGCGUCCACCAAAGCUUGCUCAUCCAGUACUGCGACAAGCUCGGCGGCGAUGGCGUGCGCGUCUUCUUCCGAAAGAUGAUCGACCACGAUCCUCGAGCAACAGCCGUGUUCGAGAAGGACGUGGCUGAUACAUACAAGCACCUCAAGGAGCGCGUGCGGAUCUCCAAGGCUGAAGCGACCGCGGCAGAGGGGACCGAGCAGAUCCAGCUCGUGCCCGAGGACCCGUCGCAGAAGAUCUCGUUCAACGUGCCCGACGGGCCGCCGCCGGAGAACCUGCAGCUCGAGGGCGAGGGCCUCGAGGACGUCAACAUCGAGGACGUGCGCAAGAUGCUGCAGCUCCGCUGGGACGUUUUCGAGGGCUUCCCGCCCGCGCUCCAGGAGGCGCUCAAGACGCAGGAGCUCGACAAGGUAAACAAUGUCCUUGGGAAUAUGAAGGUCGACGACGCGGAGCAGGUCGUGAAGAUGCUUGAUAUCGCGGGCAUCUUGAACUUCUCGGAUGGUGGGAUCCGGGACGAGACGGGAAAGGAUGAGGGCAAGGGGAAGGGCAAGGCGACUGAGUGAGGUGUCCAGUUGUCCACUGUAUCGUUUGGUAUGAUUUCGUCGUUGCGUCGUCGUUGUGUUGCUGUGUAUCGUCGUACCACAGGAAGUCAGCUCAAUUGUAGCAUUCUAUCACAUCUGCAAUCAUAUUGACUGUAUUGAUCUCUGCGA